GUAAAUAUUAUUAUAGCUAAUGCUCAAAUGUAAGGAAUAACAUGUAUUUGUCUAGAUCUACGCAUUGCCUGUGUUGUAAGUAAACAAGUUACUUGCUUUUGUUUAAUUGAAAUAACUUUGAUUUGAUAGAUGGUAGGAUUACCUGCCAGAGGAAAGACAUAUAUAUCUCAAAAAGUCUGUCGAUAUCUUACUUGGCUGGGAAUAAAGACCAAAGUAUUCAAUGUUGGAAAUUAUCGAAGAAAGCUUCAUGGUGCAAGUUUACCUCAUACAUUUUUUGAUCCACACAACAGUAUAGGAGAACAACAAAGAAGAGAAGCUGCUGCUGCUGCAUUACAAGAUAUGAUUGAAUGGUUCAAUAAUGAUCAAGGUAUCGUGGCUAUUUACGAUGCAACAAACAGUACCAAAAAGAGAAGACGAUGGUUAUAUGAAAAACUAAGUAAACACGAUAUUCAAGUACUAUUUAUUGAAUCUAUUUGUCAAGAUGAAGCAUUGAUCUUGGCUAAUAUUAAGGAAGUCAAAUUAUCCUCUCCCGAUUAUGCCAACACGGAUCCAGAUGAGGCAGCUGUUGAUUUUAUUGCUCGCAUUGAUCAUUACAAGGAACAAUAUGAGACGAUCACUGAGAAGGAUUUGACUUUUAUCAAAUUGAUUAAUGUUGGAAGUCAAAAUAUAAUCAAUAUGAUUCAAGGCUAUUUGGAAUCAAGAAUUGUUUAUUAUCUGAUGAAUUUACACAUUGCGCCUAGAAAAAUCUAUUUCAGUCGACAUGGUGAAUCUCAAUAUAAUCUUGAAGGUAAAAUCGGUGGUGAUUCCUCGUUAUCCGAAAGAGGUCUACUUUAUGCCACCAAGUUACCAGAAUUGAUUCAAAAUUUGGGCACACAAGAUCUGGUCAUUUGGACAUCCACUCUAAAAAGAACGAUAGAGACAAGUCAAUAUUUAGAUUAUCCAAAAUUACAAUGGAAGGCCUUGGAUGAACUAGACGCUGGUGUAUGUGAUGGAAUGACCUAUGAAGAGAUCGAACAGAAAUAUCCCGAGGAUUUUGCUAAUCGUGAUGAAGAUAAAUUCAAUUAUCGUUAUAGAGGCGGUGAAUCUUAUAGAGAUGUUGUCCUUCGAUUGGAGCCUAUCAUUAUGGAAUUAGAAAGACAUGAAAAUAUUUUGAUUAUUGGUCAUCAGGCUAUUUUAAGGUGUAUCUAUGCUUACUUUAUGAAUUACAAUCAUGAAGAUUUACCUUAUAUCAAGAUACCUCUCCAUACUGUGAUUGAACUAACUCCCAAGGCCUAUGGAUGUGAAGAAAAGAGAUAUAAAGUCGACAUUGAUGCCGUCGACACUCAUCGUCCUAAAUUAAAAAAAUCACCUUCAGUCAGAAAAUUGGGUAAAAUCAAUUUGGGUGCUAGUGGUGAAAUUGUAAGGGAGCCUAUGAGCCCAAUUAUCCCAAUCAGUCCAAACCUGUUCCCAAGGACUUCAAGUAACCCAAGUACGAUAGAUUUAAGUGAACCAGCCUUAGGGUCAUUAGAAUAAAACGAUUGGUUGACUAUUUAAACACAGUUUAUACAUCAAAAACCUUAUUUUCUUUCCUUUUUAUAAUUUAUUCCUUUUCUUUCUACAAAAAAAAAGAAGACAUUGCAUUCCAUGUCUUCUGUAUUCGAUAGUAACCAACAACAACAACAACAGCAAC